AUGAGUGCAGCGCGAUUAUUCCUUCUGGCAGGCAUUGCAUCAGCCCUCCCCUCAUCCCUGGGUCCAGACGCACACUCUCUCGUCAAGAUGACGUACAGCGGAGUAAUAGAUGCAGGAACUACUGGCACAAGACUGAACAUAUAUGGAUUUCUUAACGGGGAAAUCAGGGACCAAGGCUUAUUCACAAACACGUUUGGGCUUGCGAAUGCAGAGAGCGACGAGGAGAUUAGAAACUCAAUCAGAGAGCUGUUUACACAUGCACAGCCCUUCUACACUAAUAUCAAAGAGAUACCCAUUGGGUUCUAUGGCACGGCAGGGUUUAGGGUGCUAGAUAAGUCCCGCUCGGACCAUAUUCUGGAGCUUGUCAAAAACGAGCUGAGGGACUAUAACCUCAAAGAAGCCGAAGUGAUUAGCGGCAUAGACGAGGGGAAGCUUGCUCUUAUGGCAUUGGCCCUUUCGAAUAGAGGGAUAGUCGGGAGCAAGAGCAUGGGAAUCAUUGACAUGGGGGGUGGAAGCACCCAGAUAUCUCUUCUAGAGAAGAACGGGGAAAUAUUUUCAGAGUCCAUAGACCUCGGGAUCACUGCCCUCGGGCUAUCAGAUCCAAAAGAGUGUAAAGGUAAAGAAAAUGAUGAGCAGGAGUCAUGUGCUAGAAACAUCAUGUCGAGACUUAUAGGCAUAACCAUGAGGCCUUCUCUGAACAGCAUUGACGAGCUAUACCUACUUUCGUAUUUCCACGACGAGUUUGGAAAGGUUACUAGAAACGAAAAGACAAACAUGAAAGAAAUCAAAGGUGAGUUUUACAAGAAAUGUAGCCUACUUGAAUCCCACGAGUGCAGAAGGCUGUUCUAUUUGAUUUCUUUUAUAAAGAACCUUGGGAUAGAGGACACAAAGUUUAUCCAUCAGAUAGAUACAAACAAUGGAAUUAACAUUGCCUGGGCAUCCGGUAAGGGAUAUGAGCUUAACAAAAAAUACAACUAG